CAGCAGGGGCAGCGGUCAGAGGUGAAAGUUAACGCCGGUGACAACAUGGUUGAACACGGGGAUAUCCGCGUGGUUCACCGAGGUGGCAGUAAAAUAGACUUCAGGCAGCCUGUCAUCACCAAUGAUUCAAGGUUCCUGCUGUGCGCCUCAGGGGAGUGUGUGAAGGUGUUCAGCACCUCCACAGAGGAGUGUAUCCACGACCUGCAGGGACACACUGACCUGGUGACAGGUGUGCUGCUCAGACCCUCCAACCAUCUGCAGGUCUACUCCUGCUCAAUAGAUGGCACUGUCAGACUCUGGGACUUCACAGACGGCAUUCUCAUCAAGACUUACGUCAUCGGAUGUCCUGUCUACUCCAUCUACGCAUCUGCAAACCAUGAAGGAGUCAUCUUUAUUGUUGUCCCCAUGCUUGGUGACAAAAGAUCUGAGUUGUUCCAGCUGGUUGCAGUGCAUCUGCCACAGAGUGGAGAUCAGCUGGUGGAAUCCCGAGAACUUUCUGCUGUGCUCAGCAAUGUCAGCUCCAACCCAGCAGACAUCGCCUUCGGUAGAGGGGGGGAAUAUAUUGCUUCAGCUAAAGGUUUGCAGUUGAAAGUCUUCUUCUUCAAGAAGCAGAAAUCAUAUGAGUUUUCCCUUAAAGAGGACAACAAGAAGGGAGGCCUGAACACAUUCACGUGCGUUGCCUGUCACCCGAAAGAUGACUGCAUUGCCACGGGGCAUGGGGACGGCAAGAUUCGCCUGUGGAGAAACUUUAACCAUAAGAAGGAGUACACAUACUCCACCCUGCACUGGCACCACAACGCUGUGAGCUCACUGUGCUUCACUCCAGAAGGCACCAACCUGCUGAGUGGAGGUGUGGAGUCGGUGCUUGUUCAGUGGCGUUACAACCAAGAGAGUCAGCGGGACUUCCUGCCCCGCUUGGGUGCUGCCAUCACACACAUUGCUGUCUCACCUGAUGGAGCGCUGUUCUGUACCUCACACAGCGACAACAAGAUCACAAUCAUCCAGAGCUGUGUUAAAGUGUCAGCUGUCAUUCAGGGCCUGGUCAAAGGAGAAAGUGUCCAGACAGACUUGAUUGUGGACCCACGCAGCAAAGCUUUGGUGCUGAAUGGGAAACCAGGACACCUACAGUUUUACUCCCUCCAACGAGACAAACUGCUGUACAAUCUGGACAUAGUGCAGCAGGAGUACAUUCAUGAAUUGGGCCUGGAGCAGUUUGAGGUUGUCAAAGCAGCAUUUGAUGCCUCCGGCACCUGGCUAGCAACCGUGGAAGAACGAAAACAAAAAUCUGCUGAGCUAGAGGUUAACUUGAAACUGUGGGCAUUCGAUGAACAAACGCAGAGUUUUGUGCUGAACACGACCAUCUCAGCGCCCCACGAGGCCAGGAUUACAGCCAUGUGCUUUCGCCAAGCCACUGACAGCCAGACCACCAUGCUGGUCUCCACCAGCAAGGACGGACAUUUCAAAGCCUGGCAGCUGGCCACACCAGCCCACACAGAGGAUGAAGGUCCCUCCUGGUCGUGUGAUUUUGUUGGAACCUAUCACGGCCUGGUGCCUGAAUGCUGCUGUUUCUCAGCCGACAGCUCUCUGUUGGCCGUCAGCUUUCAGGAGGUGGUGACUGUGUGGAGCCCUACCUCCUGGGAGCUUCUGACUACUCUGUCCCAGCCACCAGGAGCCAUCAGGGAUCUUUGUUUUGGCCGUCUAAGCUGUUCUAAGUAUCUGCUGGGAACCACUGCCAAAAAUCUGCUUUGCUGUUGGAACCUUCUCACCUGCUCCUUGGAAUGGAGCACCUCCAUGGACAUCAGCCUGCUGCUAGCUGACCCCCUCUCUGAGAACAUGGCAGCCUUCUGCUGUCAAGCUGGAUGCACCGACUUGUUUGUGUUCAAGCCCAGCGAGCCUCGGCCACUGUUUUCCCAUAAGGCUGUGUGCUCAGGCACCGUGACUCGUGCUGUCUUCGCCCCGAGAGAGAAGAUGCUGGAUAGCUGCGAAGAGAACAGCCAAUGGCUCAACCGCUCUCAGCUUCACUUUCUCACACAGUACAUGGACCUCAUGACAUUCACCACCAAAGCAGAGGAUGACAGGCUCAUGGCUUCCAGCAAACAGCUUGUGAUUGAUGACAGCGUCGCCAUGACGCCAUUCUACCUGCUACUGGGGAAACACCGGCAUCAGCAACAGGAAAAUCAAGACCCAAUGAGCAGCCUAUCUGCUGAGAGAACACCUUUGCCACAGAGCUCUGUGGCUAUCAAAGAGCUUCUGCAGACUCCAGCCCAUGUCCUGCCCUCUACUUCAUUCCUCUGCUCCAUGUUUGUGCAGUCUCUGCUCAUCUCUGUCACAGACCUCAGUGGCUGCAGGGAGAACAACAAAAAGGCAGAGGAGGAAAUGGAAAGCGAGAAAGAGGAAGAGGAUUCAGAGCAGGAAAUGGAGUCGAGCAUCGUGAGGUCAGAACAGGCAGCAGUGAGCGUUCAGUCAGCAGAGUGUGCUGCCCCCGCCUUAACGAAAGCCCAGGUUAGAGAGCUGAGGAGGCUGAAGAAACUUGACCACAGCUGGCUUGCAGGCCUCCUGGACUCCUGAACACGACCAUGUGCAACAACAGACUCUCACGGAGACAGUGCCUAUAGAGGGUUUUCACCAGCCACUGGGAAGUUUUAUUUUAUUGCUUUAUGAAUUAUCCCAAAGUGGAUUCCUUCUGGAAAAAAGCACAGUGCCCAAGCUCUGUGCAAACACCAGAUAAACAUUUGAUUGUAUAAGUAUCUGCUGCUUUGGCAGCUUUAGGUCAUUUUGGACAUAUCUAUUGGUUUUACCCACCUGAAGAAUAGAAGUGUCUGCUAAGUUUCUCGUGUUUAAAACUGCUGAUUUUCUUUUGUAGAGAAAUUGUGUUUCACAAGCAGUUUUUUGGUCGAAAUUCUGGGCUGUGUUAGGGUAUGAGGACUCAACUACACCAGAAUAUGACCGUUUCUAAGUCAUGUCUGAGAGUCUUUGGAUGUAUGUUUGCGGUCGGAGCCUUGUUAGGAAAUAAAUGCUUUCCUAAAUCGGUGUUCUCUUGCUGCAGGUUUUCCUUUGUGCUGCAGAUCACCGAAUUUUCAACGUGAGGUCAAUUCCUCUUUUGUUGAGUUUCAUUAAUCACAAGUGAUCACAUGCAAACAUGAGCUCUGUUGCCAAUAUAACUGCAGAAGUUCCAGUCUUUGUGAGAUGUGACCUUGCCACUCUUUGCAAUCUGUGUGUAUGCUGUCUCUCAAAUUGGUUGUGUCAAUUGGGAACCUUCUACUUGCUAUCCUCAAAUGUCUGAGGUCCUGCUACAGUGAAGCAUCCCUACAGUGCUUGGGGAACGCAGUAUUUUUUUGCCAUAGUUUGGCCCAAAAUUCCAUACUUACCUUUCAGCAUAUUGUAACUCAAGUGAUUUGAGAGGAAACUAGACUUCUGCACCGCCUCUGGAUUGUGUUUUUAGGCUUUGGAAAAUCUGGCCUGUGAAAGGAGCGUUAACCAUUCAUUCAACGACCUCGUGGUCAGCACCCUAAAUCUUCACCAGGAUGCUCUCAGAUUUAUUAAAUUGAAUGCCCCUGUUUGAUCAACACUAUCCUAUCCCCUUUGAUGCACAACAUGGGUCAAAAGUGACCCAUAUUCAAUGGAAAAUGAGUAUCUUGACCCAUGUUGUGCAUCAAAAGGUUAACAAAAAUGCAGCAUCACAGAUGGUUUUGAGAUGCCAUAAUAAAAACAGUAAAUACUUAUGCCAUCAUUUGUUUUGAUCAGAUUUGUUGGUCUUUCUUGUAUAUCAAAGUAUUUUUUAUGCCUAAUUAAUGCCUAAUUAUAUCCACAAUGAGUCAGUUACAACAUAAAGUCCAAUGGCAGGAUGAAAAUCUUUUAUACAAACUUAUUUUUUUUCUACACUUUGAAGUUUAAUUAAAAAAAAGUCUUCAUGCCACCA